AUGGUCCUGGCGAGCUCGGGGCCGGAGGCGGACAGAAAUGGGGCGGGGCGGGUUUCGGUGGAGGAAGGCACGCACCGGGCGGAGCCGGGAGAGGAAGGGAAGCAGGCAGCAUCGGCGGCGCCCGGCGAGGGCCGCAGGCGGAUGCGGAAGGCCCGCGAGAGGGCGAAGGUUCCAGUGCCGGACAUGGAUUCGAACCAGGAGAAAGGAGGCAGCGGAAGCGCAGAGAGCGGCGGAGGAGCGCCAGGGAGCUAUGGAGGGUUGCGCUUGCCACUGCUGAGAACGAAGGGGCUUCGGGUCGAGUACAGCCUGACUCCGGACCCCUCGCACCAGCUAGUCACGCUCCAUUUUCGAUUCAAGGCGCCCGCCCCUCCCUCUUCCUCGGCGCCCCUGGCCGUCCAAGACCUGCAGCUCACCCUCACCGACCUCCCGGAAGGGGUCACUCCCCUCCUUCCCUCGUCGGGGGCCACGGCGGGC